GCCUACCUGACAGUAUGUAAAGAUGUCAUAAUGGUUGGCCUUGGCAAUCUCACCUUUCAAGCACAGCUUUUAGAUAUGGCUCUUUCAGUUAUACAAACAGAGAGAGGUGGCUUUUGUGCUCCAGUGUUACUGUAUGCUCUAAAAGAAAUUAUUGAAGCUUCUUUAGCUCAGAAUACUGGGACAGAUGAAGUGGCAAAUCUUUUCCAUGCUGUACAGACCGUCUUCCAGAAAGCUUUAGAAUGCGUGGCUCGUAGACUCAAGAAACAGCGGGAAGAAGGGAUUCAGUUGAUUCACUCUAUUCAAAUGCCUCUUGGAGAAUUCGUACAUGCAGUCCAGUACUGGCAUUCAUCUUGCCCAGCAGUUCACCAAGGUGUACUCUCUACUCUCCUGGCUGCAAUAGUAGCAGAGAUAAAUUAUGUGCUACAGAAGGCUUCCAGUGAAAAAGACUUAACUAUACCAAAGACUAUUUCAGACCUUCCUCCUCUUUCAAGCAGUUUAAUGGCCAUAAUUGUGAAGUCAGUUAAUGUUGUCAGCUCAUUUUUAAGUGAAUUGAUGGAAAGCAUUCUCUCUGAAGAAAUUAAAGGGAUUUUUAGUCUAACAGCUACUGUCUGCAUUGUGAUUAUAAUUAAAGGAAAGCACAAAACUUCACUUCUAAAGGAUAUUGCUCCUGCCAUUCAAAGGAAAGUGAUAACAUGCAGGGAUGCUGCCACAGAAGAAUCUAGCAGCACUGAAAGAAUCCUGUAUGAGUCAUGUCUGAAAACUUUGGAUGAAUUUUUGAAUCCUUGACCAUGUGGAAGCUUUUGUCAUGAAAAUUGAAAGAAGGAAGAUGUAUUUUUUGUUAAAGAUUAUCUUGUAAGCUUAUUAAUAGUUAAAGUUUCUUUUCUGUUACUCUGUACAUUUAAAGCAGGCAAAAUGUAU